AUGCAAGCCCCACCCGCAUUACCCGCCGCUCCUGCCGACAACCAGCAGGACCCUUCCACCACCGCAUCGUCACCUUCUUCCGCCUCCCCCGCCGCCUCAUCCGCCGCCUCUCCCGUCGCCUCCUCCGCCGCUGCCUCCGCCGUUUCCUCCGCCGCCUCCUCCGCCGCUUCCGCCGCCCUCUCCGCUGCCUUCUCCGCUGCCUCCGCCAUCUCCUCCUCCCCACCCCCCGUCUGCCCGUUCUCCCUCGCGCUCGUGUCGUCGCGCUGGCUGCGCCUCGCGUAUCUCGCCGUGCCGUCCAUCGACCUCACGCAGCGUCGCGCGAUUCCCGCAUCGGAUCUCGCGCGUUCCGUCGCUCGGAUGCCGAAUCUCGCCUCGCUUUACGUCGCCGUGGACCCUCCGGCUUCCCUCACCGACUCGCUUAUAGCGACGAUCGCGCGCGCGUGUCCCGCGCUUGCAAAUCUGACCCUGUCGCCCAGCUGCGCCUCUCUCUCCUCUCUGUCCGAAAACUUCAGCGCCUUGCAGAAUCUCCAACAGCUCAGCAUCAGCUACUGCCCGAGAAUUUCUCAGCUGCCCGCCAGCCUCACACGCUGCCCGUCCUUGCAGCGGCUCUUCAUCCGCUGCUGCUCAGGCCUCACAUGCCUGCCUGAAGCCAUCGGUUCUACCCCACAGCUUGUCGAGCUUGAUCUGGAUAGCUGCAGGGGCGUUCGCACGCUGCCCUUCUCCCUUGCUCAGCUGUGCGUGCCACGCAAUGGCUCGGUGGCACGGGUGAGGGUUGCCGGGUGCUGCCGGAAAGCGGAUGUGGAUUUGAUUCUUCAGGACCUGGUGGAUGAGGAGGGGUUGGAGGUGGUUGGGAGGGAACGGAGGGAAGUAGAAAGUGGUGAGGAAGAGGAGGAAGAGGAGGAGGAAGAGGGGGAGGAUGAGGAGGAAGAGGAGGAAGAGGAGGAGGAAGAGGGGGAGGAUGAGGAGGAAGAGGAGUAG